CACUAAACGUACUUCCACCUCCAUUCAUCAACGUCUCUCAAUUCACUCCCAAACACAUUUAUAAUACAUUUCUCUACCGCCUGACGCACUUCUAACAACAACACCAUCCUUUAUAAAGACAUUUCCAAUAUCAGAUCACAUUGGCAUAACUGAAGAUACAUUCUCAUUAUUUAUCAGCUUUUAAAGACCAAAAUAUUGUACAGAGCAGAUGUAUAAGAUUGUUUCUGAAAAUGUGUCGUAGAAUUCCACUUGAAAUGUGUUCUUAGCAAACUUUCUGGACUUCACUGGCUGGAGUGUCUACAAGAUGAGUCUGUGAGGAAAAUAAAAUUGGAUAAGUUUACUAGAGAGUAUUCAGACGAAAGUAACACUGGACAGAAAUACAGCAGUUGAAAUAUUUGUAAACAAAACAGUGUAGAAGCAAAGAGAAGGAAAAAAUAUAUCUAUUGUAAUUUUGAAAGAAAAAAUAUGGAGAAGAGUGAGAAAGCAAAGGAUUUGACUUUUCUAGAAGACAAAGUGAAGAAGAGACGUAUAUUGUCACACGAACUUGAUGUCUGUAAAAAGGCCUUCUCUGAAAAGGGUAACUUGAAUAAGCACAAACGUAUUCAUACAGGAGAGAAGGCAUUUCACUGUGACAUCUGUGGUAGAUCAUUCUCUGCAAAUGGCAGAUUGACUAUACACAAAUGUAUUCAUACAGGAGAGAAGCCAUUUCACUGUGUCAUCUGUGGUAAAUCAUUCUCUGACCGAAGUGUUUUCAUUUCUCACAAGCGUAUUCAUACAGGAGAGAAGCCAUAUCAGUGUAACAUCUGUAGUAAAUCAUUCUCUCAUAGUAGUUCUCUCACUUCUCACAAACGUACACAUACAGGAGAGAAACCAUAUUCUUGUAAUAUAUGUGGUAAAUCAUUCCCUCGCAACACCGGCUUUAACUUAUCAUAAACGUAUUCAUACAGGAGAGAAACCAAUUCUUGUAAUAUAUGUGGUAAAUUAUUCCCUCGCAACAC